AUGGGGAAACCGAAAGGAGAAGGAGGUAGAACCAAAGCUCGUCCUUCAAGCAGCAGUCUUGCUGCUUCGUUGUUGCCGUCUGGUUCAACUUCGGUCGCCGUCGGAUUCGGCGGCUAUGUCGGCAAUUCUCGCCUCGAUUCUUCUCUCGCUACCGAAGACUCAAGCCCCUUUUUGAAUAUAGAUAGUGAAGUGGCACAGCACUUGAAGAGGCUUGCUAGGAAGGACCCUACGACCAAGCUUAAAGCUUUGACAUCUCUAUCUGUGCUGCUCAAGGGAAAGCCCGGAAAGGACAUAGUACCAAUUAUUCCACAAUGGGCAUUUGAAUACAAGAGGCUGUUGUUGGACUACAAUAGAGAAGUUCGGCGAGCAACACAUGAGACCAUGACUAAUCUUGUUAUUGCUGUUGGGCGGGAUUUAGCUCCGCAUCUGAAAUCUUUGAUGGGACCAUGGUGGUUUUCUCAGUUUGAUUCAAAUUCUGAAGUUUCUCAAGCUGCAAAGCGAUCAUUACAGGCAGCCUUUCCGGCACAAGAAAAGAGAUUAGAUGCGUUGAUUUUAUGCACAAAUGACGUAUUCAUGUAUUUGGAAGAAAACCUGAAGCUUACACCACAAGAUCUGUCUGAUAAAGCUGUUGCGUUGGAUGAGUUGGAAGAGAUGCACCAGCAGGUGAUGUCUUCUUCACUGCUGGCACUGGCCACACUUCUUGAUGUUUUAGUGUGCGAGCAAACAGGAAGAUCUGGUUUUGAAAACAUUUCUGCUGAAUCAAAACAUGGUGCUAAGGCUAGGCUGACUGCUGUUUCUUUUUCUGAAAAGUUGUUCUCAGCUCAUAAAUACUUUCUAGACUUUCUGAAGUCCCAAAGCCCUAUGAUACGAUCAGCUACAUAUUCGGUGUUUAGGAGUUUUGUUAAAAAUACUCCUCAUGUUUUCAAUGAAGGGAAUAUGAAAGUUAUUGCAACCUCAAUACUUGGUGCUUUCCAGGAAAAGGAUCCUGUUUGUCAUUCUUCAAUGUGGGAUAUGGUUUUACUAUUUUCUAAGAGAUUCCCAGACAGCUGGACUUUUUUGAAUGUUCAAAAGAUUGUAAUAAAUCAGUUGUGCAAUUUUCUUAGGAACGGGUGCUUUGGGUCUCAGCAAGUUUCUUAUCCAGCUUUGGUCCUAUUUUUGGAGAUUGUGCCCCCUAAAGUAGUAGUCAUUGAUAAAUUCUUUCAGAAUUUUUUCCAUAGCCUGUGGGCUGGAAGGAAUCAGCCACAUUCCUCAAAUUCAGACCAACUAGCAUUUUUCCAGGCAUUUAAAGAGUGUUUUCUUUGGGGAAUACUUAAUACAUCAAGAUAUUUUGAUGGUGAUGAUUCUGUGGUGCAAUUUCGACUCUCUCUGAUUGACAAUAUUGUUGUGAAUCUUCUGUGGCAAGAUUUCCUAUACUUUGUUAGCUCAAAGGAUCAGAAAAGAGAAAUCUCUGGAAUGUCUGUGGUUCCAUCUGAGGAUAGCAAUCCUUAUUUCCAUAAGAAGACAGUGGAAACACUGAAUAUUAAGCAUCCAAUGAUUUAUACUCAUGAGUUGGGAAAAUGCAUUAUUGGAAUUCUCUCAGGCAUGUAUUUGCUGGAACAUAAUCUGCUCUCAUCUUUUUGUGUGGCAUUUCAGGAGGAUUGCCUGCAGGUGUUUAAGCAAAAAGAAAACAUAGAAAGACCUACAGGGAAUAUAGAGCAGAUCAUAACAUUUCUAUCGCUACUGGAGCGACAUGCAAUGAAGGAAGGUGAAGCUUGGCCUGUGAAUUAUUUAGUGGGACCAAUGUUGGCCAAGUCCUUCCCGUUGAUAAGAUCACUGGAUUCAGUAGAUGGUAUAAGACUUCUAUCAGUUUCAAUAACAGUAUUUGGAGCCCAAAAGAUUGUCCGAGAACUCUUUAUUGAAAAUGAAGAUGGUACCUCUGAUGUUCUCUCUGAUGAUAAGGACAGAGAGUUGGAUCCAGGGCAUUUUAUGCAAGUGUUAAAGGAAAAAUUUGUUCCUUGGUGUUUGCAUGAUUAUAACUACUCAACAAGUGUUCGAUUAGAUCUGUUGCUUACAUUACUUGAUGAUGAAUGUUUCCAUGAGCAGUGGCAUGCUGUAAUUUCUUAUGCUGCUAAUUCAAAACAUUUUGGAUCUGGGGCUGGCACCGUAGACUCCAACUCUUUAAUUGUAUUAGCAAUGCUCUUGGAGAAAGCAAGAGAUGAAAUUACAAAUAGGAAGGUGGGAAACCAUUCCACUCGUUGGCAAGGUUCUCAGCCAGAUCAUUGGCAUCAUGAGCUUCUAGAAUCUAUUUCUGUUGCUAUUGCAUGUUCAUUGCCCCCUUUUGGAACUUCUGACACACGGUUCAUGUGUGCUCUUCUUGGUGGCUCAGCAGUGGGCAAUCAAAUUUCUUUUGUCUCCAGAAAUGCAUUGAUUAUAAUAUUCAAGGAAAUUCUUAAAAAGUUACUCACUUUUCUUUGGGUGUCCCCUUUCACUUGGGUUAGAGAAGCAAGCUCUUUACUUACUACUGAAAUUAAUGAUUUUACUAUGGAAGUUGAAAAUUCUGUGAACGUGAUUGAGAUGGCUCAAUUUGCUAUAGACAUACUCAAUGGUAGCUUCUUCAGCUUAAAGACACUGAAUGAUGAAAUAGGGCUAGUAUCAAGUAUUUCAGCUGCUGUAUUUAUCAUUGACUGGGAGUGUAGCAUGGUUAUGGUUUUAGAGGAUACACUUGAUGAUGAAUUAAAGAAGAAAACCAAGGCACGGUUGAAGUUAUGUGAAUCUGUGAAUGCUUCUCGUUCUAAUAUUAACGGUCAGUUCUUGAGAAGUCUCAACAUGGACAGUCAGAAGAGAUUAGGAAGUAUCUUGAUUCACUCUAUUAGAAUUGCUGUUUUCAAGGAUGAUAAUCUAAAGACAGAUGAAAUAGUGUCUAUCUGCUACACAUGGAUCAUUGAAGUACUUGAAUGUCUUGAUCAGAAGAAUCAAUAUCUGGAACAAAAUCUGUUAGACCAGCUUCUGAGCAAGGGAGACACAUGGCCUUUAUGGAUUACUCCAAAUUUCAGCAUGCCUAACUUGAAUAUUGAAAAUGUCUCUGUUGAUAAAUAUCCAUCUGGGCAUCACAAAUUUGUUUCCUUAAUUGACAAGCUUAUCUCAAAAAUUGGGCUUGAGAAAGUUGUUGCUGGUUAUUUUGCAAAUGUUUUCCCAUCUGUACCCAAGGAAACAACAAAUAAUGAGAUUACUUCUCGAGCGUGGGUUGCCGCUGAAGUAUUGUGCACAUGGGAAUGGCCUGGAGGCAGUGCUCUAACUUCUUUCUUACCUGUACUGAGUGCAUAUGCAAAGAGUGAUAAAUAUGUUUCUCAUGAGAACUUCUUAGAUUCCGUCUUUCACAUUUUACUUGAUGGUGCUCUUGUUCAUGGAGGAAAUGGUGCACAGGGUUUGCUCAAUAUAUGGCAUGCCUUAGACGAUGAAGUGGAGAUUGAAGAACCCUUCCUGAGAGCUCUUGUAUCUUUGCUUAUCACUUUGUUUAAGAAUGAUAUAUGGCAAAGAGAGAAGGCUAUGGCUCUGUUUGAACUGCUCGCUGAUAAGAUUUUUAUUGGGGAGGCAAUUAAUAUGAAUUGUUUGAGGAUUCUUCCUCCAAUUGUGAGUGUUCUUAUACAAAGCAUCAGUUCUGGUGACCGUAGUAUAGAUGUUGAUCUUGAUACUUCUGAAGAAAAUCAGAUUCUGGAUACCAUCAAAAGCUGGCUCAAUAGAACUUUAGUAUUCCCUCCUUUAGUUUCAUGGCAGACUGGAGAAGAUAUGGAAGAAUGGUUUCAGUUGGUUGUUUCAUGCUAUCCUCUGAGUGGACUGCGGGGAAGAGAACCAUUGAAGCUGGAGAGGAGUAUUAGCAGUGCAGAGAGAACACUCUUACUUGAUUUGUUUCGGAAGCAGAGGCAUGUAACUGGUGUAGCUAAUCAGCUGCCAGUGGUGCAGGGGUUACUAUCAGAGCUGAUGGUUAUUUCAGUUGGUUAUUGUUGGAAGGAGUUUAAUGAAGAUGAUUGGGGCUUUUUGUUCUCGCACUUGAGUUGUUGGAUUCAGUCGGCAGUUGUGAUGAUGGAGGAGUUUACCGAACAUGUGAAUGAUACCGAUGCUGAUAGCUCUGUUUCUAACAAUUUAGAUUCUAUUCUUAAGAAGUUUGAACAAAUUGUCUCCAUUUCAGACCCUUCUCCUAUAAAUCAUGCUAGAAAUGCCCUUCUAUCAUUUUCUUUGUGUUGCAGGCUUUUAGGACGCAAUACUGUUGAAGUUUCAGAUAAUUUAAGCUCCUUGAGAACAGAAAAAUGGGAUCAUAUUAAAGAUCGGAUUGAAGAAGGUAUUCUUCGCUUAUUCUUCUGCACUGGCAUUUCCGAGGCCAUUGCAAGUUCUUAUGGUCUUGAGGCUGCAUUGAUUAUAAUAUCAUCGCGGCUUGAGCAUCUUUCUUUUUGGGAAUUGGUGGCAUCAAGUGUCGUAAACUCACCACCACGUAUUAGAGAGAGAGCAGUUAGGUCAAUUGAGUUUUGGGGGCUAAGAAAAGGGCCCAUAAGUGCCCUGUAUGCUGUUUUGUUUUCUCCAAAACCAAUUGCAUCACUGCAGUUUGCUGCAUAUGUUAUUUUGUCUACUGAGCCUGUUUCUCAGUUGGCUAUUUUCCGUGAAGAUACUGCAUUUUGCUUGGACGGAGAUGCUAGUGUUCACCAGGAUCCUCCCAGUCAUGAUAUGUCAUCAGAAGAAAACAUACAUUUGAAGGAUGAAAUCUCUUGUAUGAUUGAGAAGUUACCUUACGAGGUUCUGGACAUGGAUUUGGAUGCCCAACAACGGAUAAAUGUAUUCCUUGCAUGGUCUUUGGUACUAUCUCACUUGUCAUCUUUACCAUCAGUAGCACCUUUGAGGGAGAGAUUGGUCCAGUAUAUUCUAGAUUCUUCUAAUCCAGUGAUAUUAGAUUGCAUUUUCCAACAUAUUCCUUUGGAAGUGUGCAUGACUCAAGGUCUGAAAAAGAAAGAUGGGGAUCUUCCUCCUGAGGCAUCAGCAGCUGCAAGUGCAGCAAAACAUGCUAUCAGAAUAGGUUCAUUAUUGUUUUCCGUUGAAUCACUUUGGCCUGUUGAAUCAUUGAAACUGGCUUCGCUUGCUGGAGCAUUAUAUGGUUUGAUUCUUUGUGUUCUUCCUGCGUAUGUUCGUGGGUGGUUUAGUGAUUUACGUGACCGUUGCACUUCGUUUUUGGUUGAAUCCUUCACAAGAACAUGGUGCAGCCCUCCUCUAAUUGCUAAUGAACUAUCUCAGAUCAAGAAAGCCAAUAUUGCUGAAGAAAAUUUUUCACUUACUGUAAGUAAAUCAGCAAAUGAGGUUGUUGCCACCUACACAAAGGAUGAGACCAAAAUGGAUCUAGUUAUUCGUCUUCCUGCAUCCUACCCUUUACGACCAGUUGAUGUUGAUUGUAUGAGAAGCCUAGGUAUUAGUGAAGUGAAGCAGAGGAAGUGGAUAAUGUCAAUGAUGUUGUUCGUUCAGAAUCAGAAUGGAGCUUUAGCUGAAGCUAUACGGAUAUGGAAGCGCAAUUUUGACAAGGAAUUUGAAGGUGUUGAGGAGUGCCCUAUUUGUUACAGUGUCAUCCACACUGUGAGCCAUGGUCUUCCUCGUCUUGCUUGCAAGACAUGUAAACACAAGUUCCAUUCAGCUUGCUUGUACAAGUGGUUCUCAACUUCUCACAAAUCAUCAUGCCCGUUGUGUCAGUCUCCAUUCUGACAUAGAAGUCAAUUUUAUGUGAUUGUGGAUACUGCUUUUCUGGUUGCAAUUGACUUAAGUUAUACAAAAGAUCUGACCAUCACAAAACGGAAGCGCGUAUACUGUAUAUACAGCAUGAAGCUGCAAUUCUUGUGUGAAAGACAUGGGAGUUGAUUCCGAUCACAGGGCUGGACCUCACAUCUAAGUGCAGAGUUGUUUUUCUCUCUACCUUCUACCUCUGUUUCCAGUAUGUAAGUUUAUGCUUAAUGUAUUGUGCAGCCUGUUUAGUGUGAUUUUGAAGCUUUCCUCUGGGAGCAUAAAUGAUGCCUGCUACUAGUUAUUGCAGACAUGCUGAUUCAGGCAGUGCAAUAGCUGUUUUGCAGUAUAGAGUUUGAUCAAGAAAGGAUGACAGAAGAUUGUGUAUAUUAGUCCAGAGGUAAAAAAGGGUUCCUGAAAUCAAAUAUUUAGGGUUGUCUAUAGUUCCGAAGAGCAGAACUUUCUUUAUUUGCCAAUUUUGUUUUGUAAUAUUGAUUUCAUAAAUUUAUAAACUGAAAUAAUAUAGGGAAAUUUUGUUUUCAUUAUUUGUU